AAUUGGCAAUAGAAUACUUAUAGGAUCAAUAACCUCUCUAAUUCUCCAGUGUGAGCACUCUGUUUUCAUUUCUCUAAUUCCUCGUAAUCUCUUCUUCCUCCACCUUCGCCAACUCUUGUUCUUUUCCAUUCAAUUUGUUCUUCAUUCUCUCAGCGAUGUUCGUCCACAAGGUUUUGUCCCGUGUCUCCAAAACCAUUGUCGGAACCUCGCUCCUCUCUGCUUCGCAAAGACCCCAACACUUGUUCACCCGCUCCAAUCACUUACAUUCCCUCCUUCCUCAAUCACCCAACAAGCUGAUUCCUGUUCAAGUCAAUGUGUUGCUGCCACCAAUAAAUUCAUUAUCAACUCCAAGAUUUGGGUUUUGUUCAUCAGCUUCAACUGAAACUAAUGACAAGGAAAAAGGGAAUAAUGUGCGUAAUGGAGAUUCUACAAAUGAUGACCCUGCAAGAGCAAAUGAGGAGGCAAAGAAUAUUGAUCAGGCUAAACAAACUAAACCUGCAGAUAAAACUGAGGAAUCAGGUUCUAUUCCGGAUUCUCAAUCUCAAACUGGCAAAAGGAAGAGAGGUUUUAAACGAACAGCAUUUUCUGAUUCAGAUUCAGAUUCAGAUUCAGAGAGUGAGUGCGACCUAUCCAGGGAUGAUUUAAUUAAACUUCUGGCUGAGAAGGAAGAACUUGUAAAAUCAAAGCACAAGGAGAUUGAGAAAAUGCAGGAUAAAGUUCUACGUACUUAUGCAGAGAUGGAGAAUGUCAUGGAAAGGACUAGACGUGAAGCAGAUAAUUCUAAAAAAUUUGCUAUACAGAAUUUUGCAAAGAGUUUACUAGAUGUUGCGGACAAUUUGGGAAGAGCGUCCUCAGUUGUAAAGGAAAGUUUUUCAAAAAUUGAUACGGCUAAUGACUCUGCUGAAGCCGUAAAACUCCUGCAAACACUUCUGCAAGGUGUUGAAAUGACCGAGAAACAAUUGUCAGAGGUACUUAAAAAGUAUGGUGUAGAAAAAUUUGAUCCUACAAACGAGCCCUUUGAUCCACACAGGCAUAAUGCUGUUUUCCAAAUCCCUGAUGGUUCUAAGCCUCCAGGAACCAUUGCAGCUGUUUUGAAGGCAGGAUAUAUGCUUUAUGAUCGUGUUAUUCGCCCAGCGGAAGUUGGUGUAACCCAAGCAGUCGAGGAUGAUGAGAAUAAUGGAAAAGAUAACAUAGCUGAUAAGGGCUCACAGGAUUAGGAUAGUGGCUUCAGAAGCAUUAUAAUCUUCUCUCCAUGUCACUAUUUUCUGGGCUUUUUACCAGCAUGCAAUAGACAUUCUUUUCAACUAAUCUUGUUUAGAGAGUAACACGGUACCAUGAGAUGGGUUUGUCUCCAUCAGAUUUUGGUUGUAUCGAUGCUGUUUAUACUGAUUCAUCAUAGUAAAAUCUUUGUUUGUGGGACCUUUGUGUGUUUAUGCCAUCUCAUACACAAACUUAACCAAUUGUGAGUUAGAAAACAUUUGGGACUCCAGUUGCAGUGAUAGCAAAUGAAUAAAUUUGGUUUAGUUUCA